UCUCCUUGUUUUCUUCGCAAGAAAGACCUGUUUGAGACGUUUCUGUCCUUCUUCGCACGUGUCUUCCCUUCUCUUUCAUGGCUUUCUCGAGAGCUGUCGUGGCUUUCCUUCUGCUAACUCUCUUUUCUCUGAGUCUUGUAGAAGCGCGUCAUGGGUUCGAAUUCCACUCGUUGAUGGCUAGUGGGGCAGAGAGGAACCUCCUCCAGCGGAUAGAUUGUGGGACAGCAUGUGGUGUGAGGUGCAGUUUGUCAUCGAGGCCGAGGCUUUGCAAGAGGGCAUGUGGUACAUGCUGUGGGAGGUGCAACUGUGUGCCACCAGGCACGUCGGGCAACCAUGAGAAGUGUCCCUGCUACGCCAACCUCACCACUCGUGGCAACAAACGCAAAUGUCCUUGAAAUCUUAUUCUCUUUGUACAAGGACUUCUCGAGUUUUGUGUGUAUAAAAAAACUUGGAUGGACGUUUGAACUAUCAUCAUGUUGAUGGAAAUAAUGGGAUGUUAAUAAGAGACUUUUUACUUAAAAGAGUCUCUGAAAACUAGAGCUGCAUGUCUUAAAUGUAAGCAAAGUUCUUUUCUUA